UUAUCAAGCAUCUACUUAGCGAUGAUGACGUUGUUGGUCGGUUGUGGUACUGUUUAUUUUUUCUAAAAAUAAUUCUUCCCUUUGAUUAGUAUUUAAGGCUUGGUUGGUAGCAGCUAGCAAACAGACAAGAAAAGGAUAGAAUAGGCAUUUGUAUUUAUCAGGUUUGUGAAAACGAAUUUUCAAGCAGACCUACUAUUGAGUAGGCUUAUAAUUACGUUUCUGAGGACGCGAAGAAAGUUGUUGAAUUCUGUUGUAGGCCAGCGACACUACACAUUCGAAUAGCGGACACAGUGGUCAUCACCAAUCGUUCGUACUUGCACGUAUUGAAUUGAACACAACAGAGACAUAGGAGAAAGCCUAAACGCAAAGUGAAGGCUAGUGUAGCGGAUAGUUGUACUAAAAUUAAACAAACGGAAAGUAGACCCAGUUAACUAACAAUGGGAAAAGACUAUUACAAGAUUCUGGGAAUUACGAAAGGCGCGUCAGAUGAACAAAUUAAGAAAGCGUAUAGAAAACAGGCGCUGAAAUAUCACCCGGACAAGAAUAAGUCGAAAGGUGCGGAAGAGAGAUUCAAGGAAAUAUCAGAAGCCUAUGAAGUAUUAAGUGACAAGAAAAGGAGAGAUAUUUAUGAUAAGUAUGGUGAGGAAGGACUUAAGCGAGGGCCACAACAGAAUGGAUAUCCAAAUGGUGGUGAAACCUUCACGUGGUCAUAUCACGGUGAUCCAAAUGCCACAUUUGAAAGUUUUUUUGGGCCGGGGCAAUCCCCAUUUGAUAUGUUUUUUGGACAGCAGAAUGGGCCUGGCUCAAGAAUGAGUUUUAAUAUGGGUGAGCCCAUGGAUAUUGGAGGAGAUGGAUUUGGUGGGAUGAAUUUUGGUCAGUUUGGUGGUCAACCAGGACACACAACUACCUCUCGAGGGGGAAGUAUACACAAGAAGAAGCAAGACCCUGCCAUUCAUCAUGAUCUUAAGGUUUCCUUAGAGGAUAUUUACAGAGGGUGCACAAAAAAGAUGAAAAUUUCACGUAAAGUUCUAAAUCCAGACAGGAAAACGACACGAAUAGAAGAUAAAGUACUAGAAAUUCAAGUUAAACCUGGCUGGAAAGAAGGCACAAGGAUCACUUUCCCCAAAGAGGGCGACCAAACACCAAAUAACGUACCAGCGGACAUUGUCUUUACCUUAAAAGAUAAGCCGCAUCCAGUGUUCACACGGGAAGGAAGUAACCUAAUAUUCAAAGCCAAAGUUUCUCUUCGAGAUGCAUUGGUUGGCACUUCAUUGCAAGUACCAACAAUAGAGGGCAGAACCGUGCAAAUUCCUAUCACCGAUGUUAUCAAACCAACGACAAAGAAACGCAUUAGUGGCGAAGGCUUGCCGUUCCCUAAGCAACUAGGACGACGUGGUGAUCUUCUCAUUACCUUUGACAUCGGCUUCCCCGAGCACAUUUCUAAGUCAACAAAGGAAAUCUUAGGAGAUUGUCUGCCGCGUUAUUGAAUCUGUGGGUUUUUAUUAUGGAGACUGUUGAUACAGUGACUGUCUACUCUUUGUUGACAGCAUCUUUGUAGACAGACAUACAGACAGCUCCUAUGGAAUUUACAGUACAAAAUCUUUCUUGGCCGGCUACAGCUCCUCUCCUUUGCGGAUACUAAUUAGUGGCUCAACUUACAGGAUGAUUUCCUGCAUUAAAACUACAGUAGCAUUGAAAGUACUGCAGACAACUUUCUGCUCAGAAUUCUUGUACAGAAACUUCAGUUGUAGGAUUUGAAGUAUAAACGAUGCACAAAACACGUUCUUAAAACAUAUUUACUGAACACUGAACAGUGUUUUACAGACAUUCAGUACAUAGGUAUAGAAAGUGUUAGCACCUUGAUAUGUAUCAAAUUAUUACAGUAGGAAUAAAUGAGAAAAUUUUAAUAAUAAAUAAAUAAUAAAUUUAAAUUCCUAGUUUUUAUUAUCGUAAUUAUAUUUAAUUGGAAACAGAAAAUAACUAAUCAUGCAUUUAAUUUGAAGGGUGCCCACAAAUCGUUGCAUGAUAUUUGUGCAGCUAUGCAGAGUGAAAAUCCUCUUCUUAAUUUUGUUACUUAUAUGGUAGGAUACAAAUGUUAUAGAAAGAAUUUAUUUAUGUAUAGUUUAAAUUUUGAAAUUAUGAAAGAAAAUAUUGAAUUAAUUCUACUUUCUCUUGGGUGAUUGAGAUAGUAAACUUGAAUACAAUGAAGUAAUUUAUUUUUUUUUAUUGAAGAAGUAAGCUUUCCAUUGGUAAUAAAUCCUAUUCUUUAAUAGACCAAUAAUAUGCUGGUAUUGAAUGAAGGAAUUUCAUAGUUCAACUGUGAAUUGUUUCAAGUACAGUACGAUGACUCACAGGAAUUUGCCAACAUAUGGCAAAUUCAGUGUUUCUGUUGGGUGCUUGUUCAUGUUUUUUUUUUUUAAAUUUAACCACUGACAGAAUCUUGAAUAGUGGUAUAAUGGUGCUUUAAAUUAAUGCAAUUAAUUCUAACAAUAUGUUUCAUGGCUUAGCAAUUACUUUCUACUACUACAGUAUAUGUUUCAUACAGUAUAUGUCUAUAAAGAUCUGUCCACAUUAUCAGAUUUUCUGAUCUUUGCCUGUGUCACGUCAGAUCCAUGUACAGGUAUUUGUAUGAAAAUUGAUAGUGUAAAACAGAUCUUUAUUUCGGGAUUCUGGGGAGAUUUCUUUGUGGGUAAAAUUUUUUUUUAAACUUUUAAUGUACAGUGGUUGGUUUAAAUCUUGAUAAUUCAACCUAUAGAAAACAAUUCUACUGAUCCAGAUAUCUACAAUUUAAUCUUCAAGCUUAGAAAGUUGCUCCAAUUUAUUGAUUACACAUCAAGUAUUAUUAUAAGUAUAAUUUAAGGAGUUUUAUAUAAUAUGGUUUUACAGAAAUUCAUUUGUUAACAUAUUAUUGUGUCAUACUAACAGUAUACUGAACCCAGUGAACGUAUUGUUUACUGAUGCUACAGUACACCAUGUAUAGAAUACCACGAGAGGUACAGUAAGUUUCAAUCAGUUUACGGUACUGUAAUAUAUAGCACGCUGUUUUCUUCAUACUUAUGCGCAAGCCUAAAUCUCUGUUCACAAUAUCAAAUUUUAUAUGACAAAUUUGUGUGAUGUGCCCAUAUAUGGGCAUGAUGAUGUAAAGUUACACCCAAAUAUGGGCAUAUCACAUUAAUUUGUCAACAUUAAUGGAUAGUGUAGGGUUAAAAAUCUCUAGUAAAUAAUAGUUCAGUGGGCUAGUUACAAAAAAAAAGUGAGCAAGGCCUGCUAUAUAUAAUCCUAGUUAUUAUAUGUGCAUUAAUUAAAUUCCAUGUAAUUUAUUAAACAUGUGAUCAUAUUGUGCUAUUUAGACUCAAAAGUUAAUGCCUUAAUAUUGGUUGUGUAAAAUAUGUUUAUAAAUGAGAAUAGUGCGUGUUAACAUUUCAAAUGGUAUAUGCAGUAAGCCAGUGGUUACUUGUGAAUAAUGUACAUACAAAGAAUAUAGAAGAGUAUGGUUUUAACUUUAUGAGGGAAAGAAGAUAGAGAAUUUAUUAUGGUCAUAGUGUGUACAAAAAUGUAAGCCUAUUGACAAUGUAUCGUUGACAUGCUUGUUUAGUUGGCGAGGAAGAUACUUUGAUGAAUAUAUAUGAGGCUGAAUAACAGUGUACUACCAACAUUUUGUUUUAUUUGUGACAAAAUAAAUAAUGUUUGAGUUUGUAGUAAGA